CAAUGCUUUCUGUUUACAGACUGCACCGGGAUCAAGGUUAACCUGGGCGUGACUUGUUGGACGUGAUUUAGCUAGUUUAUCCAAUAUUCCAAGAUGGAUGUUGAUAAAGUGCGCAUGGAGAAGUUGGAGAAGUUAAAGGGGAUGAGUGACCAGGUGCGCAUCGGUGGCAAAGGUACAGCUCGACGGAAGAAAAAAGUAGUUCAUAAGAAUGCUGCCGCCGAUGAUAAAAAACUUCAAAGUUCACUAAAGAAACUAAACCUCAAUACUAUCCCAACCAUAGAAGAGGUUAACAUGUAUAAACCAGAUGGAACUAUGAUUCACUUCAAGAAUCCAAAAGUUCAAGCAGCUCCACAAGCUAAUGUAUUCGCAGUUUCUGGACAAGCUGAAUAUAAAACACUAAAUGAUUUGUUCCCAAAUAUGCUUAAUCAAUGGGAGACAGCAAAAUUACGAUUGGCAAAAAUGAAUGGUUAGUAAAAAAGUUUUGUGUCAAAAUAUUUGGUUCGACUAUGCAGUGAUUCUGUCUUAUUUAGGAGCUCAGACUAACUUAACUUUUAAUGUUAGUUAGUCAACGUCGGUCAUCCAGUAGCGUAAACCAUUUGACUUGGGGCAAUAGUCAAGACUUAAAACUCAAAAACAUCAGAUUCAAAGGCAGAUGAUGGAGACGACGAUGUACCAGAGCUUGUGGAAGAUUUUGAUGAGAAAAGUCGUUUGGAAUAGUUUAAUGAUUAACAAAUGUACAUUGAGUGAAUGUGUAUGACUCAGUCAUUACUUUGCAAUGAAGGUCACUCAGUACACCAAUUGUAAUGUACAAUGUUUGUUUUUAAUUACUUCUCACAGCUUUUUUUCUCCGGUUCCAUUUACUAGUUGUGCAUUGUCAAUCUGUCCUGGUAAUAUUCAUUUUGUUUGACAAUAUGUCUUAUAAAUGAAAUAAACAAUUCAAUUAUGUAUCGACUAGAAUCAAGUUGUAUAGCAAACUGUAUUAACAUUCAAGUAAAUGGGAUUUUGAAUA